UUGGGGAAAUUUCUAAUGAGGAAAAACUUUUUGGUAAAAUGUAGAAACGCAUUUUUAUUUAUUUUUUGUUUUUUAGAAUUUUUUUGAUACGUGCCAACUUGUGGAGAAUUUAUACUCUGCGCCUAAAUGGCCUCCCACAGACUUUAAAUUUAACCCUGCGCCUAAGUGGCUUGCGGUGUCUAACUGGCCAUUUAGUCGUUAAAGCCAUUUAGUCGCAAACUUAAAACUUUGUGGCCAGAACCUCUAGAUUUUUGAUUUAAGUUUUUCUCCGUCUAGAGAUUGGAAUUUUGAAAAAACUGGGUCCGGGAAACGGGAAACUGGUUCUGAAGGUUAACCGGAGGGGAAUUCCCGUUCCCGGUUUCAUCGGUCCGUUAAAUAUCGCGCAUAUGUGGGACGUUUGAAUGCUAAAAUUCUCUAGUUAAUUUAUUUAAGAAAAUGAAUUUAAAAUUAGAACCUCUAUUUUCUCAAUAUUUAAAUAAUCAAAAAGAAUUUCCUUCUUUUGUAUUUCAUCAAUUAUUGAAUGGAUUCAAUUUAAUUUUAAUUGGCACAAAUUGUGGAAAAUGUUUGAAUUUUUUGUUUAAAAAUUUGGAAUUGGUUAAUAUUUAUGAUGGCAAUAAAAGACAUAUUUUGGCAAUUGGAUUGUGGCCUUUGGAGAAAGAAGCCAGCGAAACAAUUAUUUUUAUCAAUUUUCGAGGAUCAUCCAUUUCUCUUUUCAAAAUUAAAUUUUCUUCAAAUUCUUCAAUUAUUGGAUUAUUGCCUUUAAAAGAAUUUUCAACUGAACAUUAUGGAUUUUGUAGAGCUUUGGCCGAUUUAGAUAAUAAAAGAGUUUUUGUGCCUGAUAAAGAGGAUUUAACUAAUAUUUUGCGUGUUUACCACAAAAAUGGUUUUGAACAAAUUCUGCUUCUAUCUGAAGAAUUUUUGACUAAAAAUGUAGCUAAAAAUAAACAAAACGAUGACAUAUUUAAAACAAUGUUUAAAGGUUUAUUGAUGGGAAUUGAAUUAAUUGAAGACAAUUUAAUUUUGCUUGUUUUUGAGGACAGCACAAUUUGCGUUUUUAAUUUAAAAACUAAACAAGUAAUUGAUGCAGUAUGUUAG